AUGAAGAGAGCUUUCGUGUUGCUCGCUCGGCCGUUUCAACUGAUUCGCCCAGCGAAAAUCAACCCAUCGCAGAGGAAGGUUCCCAUUUCCGCGCAAAAUGAGGCGAGCAUGUUAGCCACGGUGACGAAUACUCCUUUCUCAAAGCGAUGUCAGGUGACGCUUCGCGAGGUGGCGAGGCGGAACCAUUACAUGAGUCGGUACUGGGUGACGCAACCGCAGUCGAGCCGGUCGUGCAACGCCGUUGUACUUCCCGGUCAGAAGCCGGCAGUGAUUUACCUUCAUGUAGAGAAGGUCAUUCCUCUGACGUCGCUAACGAAGAAAGAUCAGAAACGCAUCCUGGAGGAGCAUCCCCCGUUCUUCGGAUCGGGCGUUGGCAUUCUUUCCGAGAGGAAAAAGUGGAAAGCCGUGACAGCGGAGAGGCUUAUUCGCUUGCUGAAUGCUGCCGAGGAAGAGCGAGCUUUGUUCAUCGACUUGAACAUGGCGACCGAAUUAGAAUUGGCUUACGACAAGAAGGCCGUGAUUGACGUUCGUCCGGCAAGCUCUGUGAACGUAUACAACGCCCAGCAGCUUGACGAUGCCUACAAGGGUGAGCCUCAGAAAGGCGUGGCGCUAAAUGCGACGACGGGGAAGCGAUUCGGUCAGCCGGCACAUGACAUUUUGUUGGGGGUGGGAAUCUUGCGCGGGUACACGUCUCCCAUGUGGAUCGGUGAAUCGCAAAUGAAAUACCUGAACGUAGAGCUAAAGCGCCAUGCAUAUCAUCAAGCGGUUGCGGUGCCCGACAUGACGGGGAUGGUUGUCUCGCUGUCUUUCGUGCCACCCAAGGCUAGAGCUCAGCUGCUCCAGGAGCUGAAGAAAACACGGCCUGACGCGUUUGGGCAUGACACAUUUUUUAUCUACGGCGUUAACGGAUGGGAGGCAAUGCGUUCUCGCAUGUUGGUCAAGUAUAUGGCGGCCGUAAACGACCCUCAAUACCCUUUUCACUUUGUGAACUUAAAGUUUUUGCGAGUGCAAAAGCCGGAGUUUGCUGCGUGGGUCAGCCGUAUAACAAAGCACACGUCCCCCAUUGGGCCUUCGCUCCUAACAAGGACAGUCGACGAGAAGACUACGGUUGAACAGCAAGAAAGCCGCAUUGCUGUGCAAGGGACUCGGAGGAGGUAUUUUUUCGCAGACGAUGCUACCCUGCGCAGGUAUUACAACGCGGCGUGCAUGAAAACGCCACACCUCAUGAUGCCAUCAGUCCGUCCCAUCGCGAUCCUCAACGGCAAGCUCAUCGGUCCACGAGACGAGAGUUUGCUGCGUGCAUUUGCUUUGAAGCACAAGUUAUCCAGUCCUAUUUGGCUGACAGAGUCCGCCGCAGCCCGCCUGGGGAUUGGGAUUAAUCCUACUCAUAAACAACACUUCGUGACAAUUGGGGCAGCGGCUGCAGAGACGAACCCGGAGGAAGAGAUUGCCGACGGGUUUUACAAUAUCGGGGACUUCGCACGACCAGAAGAGAUCCUUUCUCUUUUUCCAAAAACGAGCAAAAAGGUUCACUUUAUGCUGGACACGAAAUGGCGCCCAGUUUUAGGAAAGCAGCGGCAGGAUUACCUUUGCUCAUUGAAGCGCGAUGAGCCGUUGUGGGUGUCAGUGAACGAGUGUCUCAUGUCUGGCUUUGAGCCGAAACCGGGAGCUUCGCUUAUCUCAUUCCCGUCAGGGCGAAAAAAAGGAACGUCGGGAACGCGCGUGUACAACUCCCAAUACACGACCGAUCCUGUUCGUGCGAUUGGACUAUCUCCUGUGUACACACGUCCUCAAGGCUUGACGGUGUAA